CACUGAAGAGCCAUCUUUACAGCUUCAUUUCAUUAACUCUAAUCAAGAUUGAACAUGGCAUACAGUGUUACUACCAGUGCGCCUAUACAGGCUAGCCCAACCAAGAUUCUUUUACACAGUCUUGGAACACUCUCUUUUUCCUAUAGCUUUUACCUCUUGACAACAUGGGACUCAGCGUACUCUGAUUCUUUUGGAUGGUAUUUUCAGCUCCUCACUGUCGUGGGACUCACCUUGUCUCUUAUCACAUUAUCUCUGGGUCUCAUUGCAGAUCUUGCGACUCAUGAUGGCUGCUCUAGGGCCAAAGAUACUAUUUCACUUCUUGCGACUCCCCUUGAAGUCAUGAUUGCUGUCCUGUACUGGUCUAUCAAAUUUCACGAUCCAUCAUUGCUUAUGCCAGCAGACCUUGUCAUCAAUCCUUGGGCUGAUCUUGGAUACCAUCUUGUACCCGCUGUGCUAUUGGUACCAGACUUACUGCUGUACAGUCCCCGAGCGACUAUCUCUACGCGGAGCAUGAUGUUUGCCAGCACCAUCUUGGCCGUCGUUUAUUGGUGCUGGAUUGAGUUGUGCUACUACCAAAAUGGCUGGUACCCGUAUCCCAUGAUGGAUCAAUUCUCCGCCAUUCAGCGGGUUGCAGUUUUCGUCGGGUCAUCCGGACUACUGACUCUGACAUCGUCUUCUCUCCAAUGGGUCCACGGCAAGUUGCACGAUCCUUUGUUGAGAAAGAUCCGGGUGAACUAGUCGUGAUGAAAACAAAGCUGGUUACCGCGGAUGAGAAACGUGUACAAGGUGGCCAGGGGAAGAGAAGCGGAAUUCCGUUCCAGCUUUCCAGCGGUUGACUUAGCGGGUCAAUGCGAUAUAAGAUUAAGGAUUUUGCAGGGUUUGGCGAGACGGCAGAGAGCGAAACAAUACUAUCCAGAUUUAGCCAA